UAAAUGCUCAAACCAAAAUAGGGUUUUGAGCUUGAAAAUACACUCAGAGCCGUCUCCCAGCAGUUGCUGCAGAAAACCCUAAACUCGUUUGCUGCUGCACUCACCCAACCAUGGCCGUCGGAAAGAACAAGAGGAUUUCUAAGGGAAAGAAGGGAGGAAAGAAGAAGGCGGCGGAUCCAUUUGCCAAGAAGGAAUGGUAUGACAUCAAAGCUCCAUCUGUUUUCAGUAACAGAAACGUUGGCAAGACUCUUGUUACCCGUACUCAGGGUACCAAGAUCGCCUCAGAAGGACUCAAGCAUAGAGUUUUUGAGAUAUCACUAGGUGACCUUCAGGGUGAGGAGGAGCAUGCUUACAGAAAAAUCAGAUUGAGAGCUGAAGAUGUUCAAGGAAAGAAUGUCCUCACCAAUUUCUGGGGGAUGGACUUCACUACAGACAAAUUGAGGUCGUUGGUAAAGAAGUGGCAAACGUUGAUUGAAGCCUAUGUGGAUGUCAAAACAACUGACAACUACACCUUGAGGCUGUUCUGUAUUGGGUUCACUAAAAGACGUCCAAACCAGGUUAAGAGGACUUGCUAUGCACAAUCCAGCCAAAUUAGACAGAUUCGCCGCAAGAUGAGGGAGAUCAUGGUAGCACAGGCCGCAUCUUGCGAUCUUAAGGACCUUGUCCAAAAGUUCAUUCCUGAAAUGAUUGGGCGAGAGAUAGAGAAGGCAACUUCAAGCAUCUAUCCUUUGCAAAAUGUUUUCAUCCGCAAAGUGAAGAUACUGAAAGCUCCCAAGUUUGAUCUUGGGAAGUUGAUGGAGGUUCAUGGUGAUUAUUCAGAGGAUGUUGGCGUGAAGAUGGAGAGGCCUGCUGAGGAGACAGUGGUCGAAGGUGCUACUGAAGUAAUUGGAGCUUAAAUGAAGAUUCUUUCUCAUGUCUUUUAACUAUGUUCCAGUUUUAAGAAUUUUUGAGCAUUUUUAUUUGAAAACUUGAAUAUGUUUUAAGUUGCACAUUUGUUCUAGCUGAGAUGUUUACAAUGGUUGUUAUGUUAUUUACAUGCUUCUGUGCAUUAGUGUAGGAGACAAUUUUUGGUCCAAACCCCGUUUCAAAGAAAGGUGUAGCCUUAUAUUUUGUUAUUGA